CACUAUUUCUCACAGUGCUGCGAUUGGGGCCUGGCUCCGUCUGAGACUGCAGCUGGCUUUAAUGGUCAUUCAUUCAGUCGGUUGUUGUCGUCUUGAAGUGACGGAUAGAGGAGCAUAUGCGGUGACGCCUGCGCAAAUAGAAGCCCAGAUGUACAGUGUGUGGGACAAUGUUGCCAAAUACACGCCUGGGUGCUUAAUGAAAACGCUUUCGAGGCAGAGUUAUUUCUUUGCGCGUAUUUCUUUCUUUGCUUCGACAGCAGCUACGAAUUGAGUUCUCAACUGAAUCGCAAACUGGGCGGUUCCAAACCCCCAUCCAUCCUUUGUGUGUGUGAGUGGGGUGAAUAACAUAAAACAGGCGGCAGACCCAUAACAGCGAACGGAGAAAUCAUAGAAUAAACAAUUCCAUUUCGGGCUGGUCAGCUGGGAGGAAGUUCUGUUCUGGCCCUGCGCUGCUGGUGUUUUGUGUUGCGGCAGUGGUUGUGGGGUGACGGCUAAGUGGGUGUGGGAUGUGUGUGCUCAGAAAAAAGCAGAGUCUAUUAUCUAUCCGAAAAGUUCUGACGCGUUGCGACCGCUGAGCGUCGGCUACUCAAUUUGUGAUUCCCAACGAUCUUUAGCAUUGAAAUGGGUUACGUUAUUAUCACCAGCGCUAGUUUGACAUGGUUCCUGUGCUCCCUAGUGGCGGAUAUGUUAUUUGCGGUGGCCCUGGUCACACCCAAGUGGCUGGUGGGCCCUGCCCAAGGCUUUAACUCCAGUCAUUAUCGCUACUCCUCGGUGGGCAUCUACACGCGCUGCAAGUUGGUGAACGAAGGUGGGUUCCAUUGCGGCCGAUUCGAUCUGGAUGGACUUGCCACGGAUAGCAGUGUUUACCCCGGGGAAUGGAAGGCGGCCAUGUUUUUUCUCUCGUUGGGAUUCAGUCUGCUGUCGGUGACUGUUCUACUGACCUUGCUCACCUGCUGUCGUCAGUCAGCCUGUGGGAAAAGCAUCCACAACAUGAUAGCAUGUGCUCAAGUAGUGGCUGGAAUAUGUGUAAUGAUGGCUCUCUUCCUGCAUCCAAUAGGCUGGCGUGCUGCCCGGGUUCAACGUCUGUGCGGUCCGGAUGCAGAACCUUUCUAUCUCGCCGACUGCACCAUAGGAGUUUCCGUCUAUUGUGGAAUCAUCGGCGUUCUUCUGGCGUUCUGCGCCGCCGGCAUCAGCCUCAAGGCAGAGGCUUCCAACAUGCGCUCCCGUGUCCGCCGAUGUGUAGAGACGGGCAGAAAAUUUGUUUGCAUUCCUUAGCUUCAUCCGUAUAUAAUAAGGACAAUCCCUGAUUUAAAGAGACCAUACAUUACUUCAUUUUCGAAUUAAUUUUAACAUAAACAUAAAAAGUUCUAAC